UAGCACAGGGCAUAAACAGGGCACGGCCGUAUUCCCAAGCAAUGUAUCCCACCACCCCCUCCGACGCGUACGACAGGUUCAGCAGCGGGCCUCCGCCCACGGCGCCGCCGCCGCAGCAGCAGCCCACGUACAACCACGCCAUGAACCAGAGCCACCACGCCCGCCCCGCCGCCGGGCUGGCGCGCUGGUCCACCGGCCUCUUCCACUGCAUGGACGACCCCGGGAACUGUCUCAUCACCUGCCUGUGCCCCUGCAUCACGUUCGGGCAGAUCGCGGACAUCGUGGACAGAGGAACCUGCUCGUGCGCCGGGAGCGGGGCGGCCUACGCGGCCAUCUGCGCGACGACGGGGAUGGGGUGCCUCUACUCGUGCGUCUACCGCACCAAGAUGCGGGCGCACUACGACCUGGACGAGGGGGAGUGCCCGGACUUCCUCGUGCAUUGGUGCUGCGAGCUCUGCGCGCUCUGCCAGGAGUACCGGGAGCUCAAGAACCGCGGCUUCGACAUGGGGAUCGGCUGGGACGCCAACAUGGAGCGCCGGAACCGGGGCGUCACCGGCGGCCAGGUCAUGGGGGCGCCGGCCACGCCCGUCGGCAUGAUGAGGUAGACAGGCCACGCCCGCGAAAUCUCCGGUGAUUUUCAUGCGUCAUGCUCCUCCCAUCCCCUCCUCCCAUUUCUCCUUGUGUUACGGCCGCGAAAUCUCCGGUGAUUUUUCAUGCGUCAUCAUGCUCCUCCCAUCCCCGGUGCCAUUUCUCCUUGUGCUGUUCUGGUUUGGAGAUCGUUCGAUCCACUGUUUUCUACUAGCAGCGUGUGCAUUAGUUUGGUUUGAUUGAUGUGCUGAAUUCUGUUGAUUCUAUGUAAAUUUGCGACGCAUUCACGACUUAUGCGAACGGUGAUGGAUUUGAUGAUUGCUCGAGGAUUAGAUAAACGGUAUUGGUGUGACA